AUCUGUCAUAUUUUGUAACAUUCGUUGAAAUAAUAAUGGCUCUUUGAUUUCUAAAAUAGCAUUUUUUAAAACUUCUUCCGAUGGACAAUUCAAUUUUUCCAUAGCUACCAAGUUUUUAUAAUUCUUUUUUAUGAGCACAAUAUAUUUUGUGUAAUAAAUAUCAAAUUAUAAAAUACACACAUAAAAAUGUACACACUACAAUCGUGUUGUUCACUUCCAGAAAUGUGGUUAUGUUACCACACAUGACGCCAGAAAUUGUCUCAGUACGAGGUUAACAUUUGCUAAGUAGAUGUACAAAUAAAGCUCUAAUUAAAUACGACAAAUUAGUAAAAAUGUCAUAUUAUACAAAAAUUUGUGUAAAUCAUUUAAGAAAUCUAUCAAAUGCACUUUUGUCUAAUCACACUAAUGUCCUGAUGCAACAAACUCGGAAUACAUACAUUCUAAAAAGAAGAUAUCCAGUACCUCUUCAUAAAAAAGAUCAAAAGCCACAUAAAUUAAAAGCUAAACACUUUAUUUAUGAUGUUAUAGAAAAUAAAGCUAUUCAAAAACAACCAGAUAUUGAUUUAAUUUUAUUAAAAACCAUAUCAGGCAUAGGUGUAAAAGGACAGAAGAUUUCAAUAAGAGCUGACAAGGGUUAUAAUAAUCUGUUACUGCCAAAAUUGGCUGUUUAUGCAACUCCUGAAAACAUAGAGAAAUAUGCAGUUAAUACAAUAGAAACCGUGGAAAGCAACUAUCUAAGUUCUGAGUAUGUUACGAUGACAGUAGACGCAUUAUCACAUUUGUACUUAAAUAUAGUGAUGAAUAUGCAUAUACCAUGGACAAUAGAAAAGUGGCAUAUCAGGACAAGUUUUCGUAAAACAGGCAUUGUUGUUCCUGAAGAUGCAAUAACUAUGCCUAAAAAAGAAAUAUCUGGGCCAGACUUAUCUAUUGAAAAUAAAGAAUUUUAUGUCACUGUUAAGAUUAAUAAUCAAGAGGAAGUAAAAGUUAGAUGUAAAAUACAUCAUUGGACUUCUGAUCGAAAAAAUAAACUUCCAUAUACCACGGAUAUAUGGAAUUUACCUAAUAUAGCAGUCUUUCCAAAAGAUCAGGAAGUCAUAGAUUCACUCCCAAAGCAUCGUUUAUGUAUGAAACAAAAUAAUGAUAAUUAAUAAAUGUAUUAAAAU